UCAUUCUUUCCUCGAUCCUUUGUGUCCUUUGUUGGCGGUCUACGUUCUUCUUUGUAGAUACCACAAUUGCAAGCAACCCUUCACCAUGGCGCCUCGUUUACUAUCAGUCUCCUAUCUCGUUCUUUCUGUAGCCCUCUUGAUAUCCUCAAGAAGUUGUGAUGCCUUUUCAGCUCCCAAAGGUUCGGCUGCAGCUCCAUUGGACAGAAAAAAGAUUGCUGUCAUUGGUGCCGGUGGUUAUAUGGGUGCCACUACCUUUGGAUUUCUGCAACGAGCUGGGUCUCUAUACGAAACGGGGAUUGCAAAACAAUGUCGAUGCAUCGGUGCCACGGCGGGAACCGCUCAGGCUCUCAACACAUAUCUUGGAUCACACUUUAUCCUGGCACAAGCCGACGAAUCCUUUAUCAAACUCACCAAUAUGCAGUUGGUAGAAUCCAUACAAAAUUCAUUGCAAGGAUACGAUGCCAUCAUUCUGGGAAAUUCCAUGGCGGUACAAAACCGACCCAUCACGCCCGGAACCUUUGAAACUGGUCCCAACAGCAAAACACCCGAAAUAUUUUGGGAUUUCUGUCGAGGGAAUACCGUGAUGCCGGAAACACAAGAAAUUGUGGCGACCAUUGUUGACAAUAUACUAGAGGCAUGUCAGGGAGCACAAGUCAAACAUGUCUUGGGAGUUGCCACGGGGGGAGGUGUUGACGGGUUCACGGAAAAGAUCCAAGCAUCUCGUAUCCCUUAUACAGUACUCCAAUGUUCAGGGACAUUGAGCGUUCUCAAAGAUUAUACAUAUCGAAAGGGAGUUCAAGGAAAUUUGAAAGUAGUGACAUCCGAAGGAACCAGUGGUGGUGGUGGUGAAAUUUUGAGAGAAGAUAUUGCCGCCAUGUGUGUCCAAUGCCUCCAAUCCCUUGACUGGGACCAGAGCCGCAUCAUCCAAGUCGAAUCCACGGGACCCGUCGUCUUGAACGAACCGUCCCAAAAACGACCCGAUCAAGAAUGGUGUGUCAAUUCUCAUGUACUCGCUGGAAAGUUGCGGUCUGUUCAGUAGCCACCACUGUAGUUUUGCGAGCUAAUAUUAUAUAGAAACAUAUUUGAUUCU